CCUGGAAGCGGAGGUGGAGUUGCCUUUGAGGAUGGAACAUCGAUCUUUGAAGAUGUUCUUGAAUGUGAUGCUGUUACGAGAGGCGCAAGAAGAAUCUUUGAUAGAGGUGAGGUUGAUAUGUUCGAGGAUGCAGAUGUGGGAGUUGGUCACGUGGUGAGCGACUAUGCGAAUUUGGAUCGUAAUGAUGAAAAACUAGGACUUAGACCUCGCGAACCUGCAGGCGUGGAUGAUGUGAAGAGUUUGCUGCAGCAGGAAUUAGCGCUGACUUGCGUUGAUGGAGCGGGCCCUAGUCUACAUUUGUGA